AUGUCCAUGCGGGAAUCAUCCGCCUUCGCCCUUCUGAGUCUCUGGCUUAGUCGGGGCGAUCGAUUCCGCAAAAUUUCCUUCCGUCGUUGGAUUCCUGCCCUGGUGGUAGCUACCAGCGCGCUGGCCCUUUUUUGGACAUAUGCCGUGCCACAACUCGCAAGAUUUCGAUUCCGCGCUGGAUUAAGCCGGUAUGAUAUGGGAUGGUACGGCUUUGGGCCGACAAGGAAUUACGUCUCCUUCGGCGAAGAAUCCCCGAUAAUCGAGAUCAGUCCCGCCGGCGCACAAUGCGAUCCGAGAUAUACUUUCUUGGCUCCGCGAGGCGAUUCCGUUGUCCAUCCCGGCCCGAUGAUCUUAGAUGCCGCGGGCGAGCUUAUAUGGACGAAGCCUAACUGGGGCACAACUCAAGAUUUUAAAGUUCAACGAUAUAAAGGUCAGGAUUAUUUGACUUAUUGGCAAGGAGAUGAGGAAGAUGGCCACGGUCGUGGGUCAUGGUAUAUGCUGGACUCAACAUACACAAUUCGCCAUAUAGUAUCGCCCUCUGGAAUAAUUGAGGGUGAUCUACACGACUUCCAAAUCACAUCCAACAACACGGCUCUUAUAACAGCAUACGAGCCUAUUCCGUAUGAUCUGACAUCCGUCGGUGGACCCGAAUUCGGAUGGCUAUAUGACGGUAUCAUCCAGGAGAUCAACCUUGAAACAGGAGAGCUUCUCUUCCAGUGGCGCUCAUCCAGCUUCUAUCCCCCGGAGAGUAGUUACGAGCCAAUGGGUGGAAAGGGACACGAACGGACUCUGGGUUAUGAUUACUUUCAUAUGAACAGCGUCGACAAAGAUGACCGCGGACGCUAUUUGAUAUCUGCAAGACACACUCACACGGUCACCUGUGUAGAUGGAACAACCGGUGAGGUGCUUUGGUCACUAGGAGGAAAGGAUAAUGAAUUUUUCGAUGAAUCAGAUGGCGCUGCAACCCAAUUCGCGUGGCAACACGAUGCUCGCUGGCAAAGCCCCAAUACCUUGACAUUAUUCAACAACGGAGCCAACGCAGCAUCCGACAGCUCCUCCAUCAGCCACGGCGUUCUACUGAAACUUGAUAUCCCUGCAAGGAAAGCGAAGGUUUUGACAAGUUACGACCACCCGCAAGAACUCAUGGUGGUGUCCCAAGGAAAUUUACAGGUACUUGAUAACGGAAACGUUCUUGUUGGGUGGGGCCACAGCGCUGCCUUCACCGAGUUCUCGCCAAAUGGCACAAUGUUAUGCGAUGUUCAUUUCGGCGCAUCGGCCUACUUCACAUUUGGCCGGAUUGUUUCCUAUCGCUCCUUCAAGAACAACUGGAUCGGGCUGCCUGAUACCAUUCCUGACGCUGCAGUGACAAGAGAAAGCGUUUUUGUAAGUUGGAAUGGCGCAACCGAGGUUGCAACCUGGCGAUUCCAAGCCUGGGAUGGUGCAGACCUGAAUAAUAUGACAUUCGGCACGAUCAAAGAUGUUGAGCGCACUGGAUUCGAGACAGAAAUCUCUUUUACUCCGGACUUGAAGUCAUAUUUUCGAGUUGUCGCACUCAGCUCUGAAGGCGCAGUCCUCGGAAUAACCGAAGUUUUGCAACGUGGUACUGCACCCAUGGAAGACACUUUCACUUUGGAUCAUUCCUGGCGUGUUGCAAUUGUGCUACUUUUUGUCCUUUGCUGUCUGACAUUUGGUUUAUAUUUUGCCAUUUCAAGGGUUCUGCGAUACCAAAGAUCUCAGAGGGAUAUGUCAUAUCGACCUCUAUCACAUAAGGAUGAGAAUGAGGAUGACCCUGAGAAUGGCUUAGGUCAACUGCCAAUAUAG